AUGGUUGUAAUCUCUGAACUUUCCGGCGGCUCUAAUGGUGGUGAUGAUCCAAACAAGAAUCUUCAAGAAGAGAAUCAAGACGAGGAUCCUCAAGAUGGAGUAGAAGAGAAUCAAAACGAGAAUAAUCUUCAAGAAGUAGAAGAGAAUCUUCCUCCUCAAGAACUUCCUGAAGAUGUCAUGGCGAUCAUCGUCGCACGCGUGUCGAGUUGUUAUUAUUACCCGGUGCUAUCUUGCGUCUGCAGAGCCUUUCGUCAACUAAUCACUUCGCAGCAGCUCUUCCAAACGCGCACGCGCUUGGACCACGGCGUCACCGAACCGGUUCUUUAUGUCUUGAUGGGAUUCUCAAUGAUGACUACUUACCCAAGAUGGGUCUUUCUUCUUCAUCGGAGAAACAACGUCCCUUUACGAUUGAGCAGAGUACCUUCACUUCCUCCCAUGUUUCCUGGAUCUGCUGCCGUCACAAUCGGACACAAGAUUUACGUUAUGGGUGGUUACGUUAUGAGUGGUUACCUCUGCGUUAAUCAAGCCUUGACGAAUGCGAUUUUCAUCGACUGCAGAUUACAUACGUGGGGGCAUCUCCCAAAUAUGCAAAGGGCUCGUUACAAUGCAGCCGCCGGAGUGAUCGACGGAAAGAUUUAUGUAAUCGGUGGUCGCACGAAGCAAGAUGAAGACUGGAUCGAAGUGUUCGAUGUGACGACUGAGGUUUGGGAAACUGUGCCUAGUGAAUGCCCUAACGAUGCAAGUGUGGAUGGAAUGUUUGGUACGUCUGUGGUGAUGCAGGGGAGAAUCUUCAUUUUGGAUCGUCAGUGUUGUUUGGCUUAUGAACCAAGACACGGUCUAUGGCAGUCAUGGGAACUUGAAAGUCAAUUGAAGAGGUUUUGGCACCCGUUGUCUUGUGUUGUUAGAGAUUUGUUGUAUGCCUAUGAUCCUACGUGUUCUCUUGCACAUCCAAUACUGGUAUAUCAUCCGAAUGAAUUGGUUUGGAGACCUGUGAUGGGUGUAUCCACUUAUCAAUUGCCUAUGCUCCGUGAUGAUUGGUCUAAGAUGGCGAAUGUUGGUGGCAAGUUGGUGAUUUUGGGGAACAAUUAUUGGUCUAUACUUGAAAUUCGUUGUGUCGAGAUUGCGUUGGAAACACGUAAUGGAGAUCAGAUUUGGGGGAAGGUGGAAUCAGUCUCGCCUGUGUUUACAGGAGGCGUGUGGACUUUGCCUUCUAUUGAGUUUUGUCGAACUGUUACGGUUUGA